GUUCACAUAAAAUUGCUAUUUAUCUAAAACGGACUCAGUCGCACUCGCAGAUGCCUCCUUUAAAACAACGAUUAUCAUUGGAAAUUGAAUUUACCAAAAAAGAAACAGAGAUAAUAAUAAUAAUAACAAUAACAACACUACUAAUAUAAAUUAGUUGCGUCAGCCCCCUCUUGCAGCCAAUUUGUGUGGUCCAUUGUAAAGAAAGCGCGGGGCCAUUCUCCCGCGUCGCGCCUGUGCUGCGGAGCUCGGGUCUUGCUGCGUGCAUCGUGAUCAGGCUGCAGAGUCUUGCGGAGGACGCAGGGUCACCUUCUGUCACCGCAAGGGGAAAUACUGAUUCAUUUCCAGACACGGCUAGGCUUGACUCGGUGCACCUCGGCAAGCUGCGUUUAUCUGUGUACAAGAAACCAAGCGCGGCUGCAGAGCACAGGUUUGGUUGAGGAAGAGCAUUGCAAGAUCCACAGAAAUGUCUGGCUCCUACGAUGAAAGUGCAGGUGCUGACGACACCAUGGACAGCUUCUGGGAGGUGGGGAACUACAAACGUGCUGUCAAGAGAUUUGAUGAUGGCCAUCGACUGUGCAAUGACCUCAUGGGCUGCCUGCAGGAACGGGCCAAGAUAGAAAAAGCUUACGGGGAUCAGCUGACCGCCUGGUCCAAGAGAUGGAGACAGCUCAUUGAGAAAGGGCCCCAGUAUGGCUCUGUGGAGAGGGCCUGGUUGGCUGUAAUGACCGAGGCGGAGAAGGUAAGCGAGCUGCACCAAGACGUCAAGAACAACCUGGUGAAUGAGGAUGUGGAGAAAGUGAAGAACUGGCAGAAGGAGGCCUAUCACAAGCAAAUGAUUGGAGGCUUCAAAGAGGCAAAGGAGGCAGAGGAAGGAUUUAAGAAGGCUCAGAAACCCUGGGCAAAAAAACUCAAGGAGAUGGAGACGGCGAAGAAAGCUUACCACAUGGCUUGCAAGGAGGAGAAGCUUGCUGCCGCUCGAGAGGCCAACGGCAAGACUGAGGCUUCUGUCACACCGGACCAACAGAAGAAGCUCCAUGAGAAAGUGGACAAAUGCAAACAGGAUGUGCACAAAGCUAAAGAAAAGUAUGAGAAGUCUCUGGAGGAGCUGAACAAGUGUGCACCGCCCUACAUGGAGAGCAUGGAGCAGGUGUUUGACCAGUGCCAGCAACAUGAGGUGAGGAGGCUGACUUUCCUGAAGGAGGCCUUGCUGGACAUCAAACGCCACCUCAACCUCACAGAGAACCAAAGCUAUGCCACACUAUACAGAGAACUGGAACGUACGAUCCUGUCAGCGAACACACAAGAGGAUCUGAAGUGGUUCAGCAACAACCAUGGGCCUGGCAUGCACAUGAACUGGCCCGCCUUUGAAGAGUACAACCCAGACCAGGCAAGUGCUCCUCCAAAGAAGAAGAAGCCAGACGGAGCUCCUCCCACUCCUAGCACUGACCAUGUGGCUCCCCCUGGUGACCGGAGCAGCGUGAGCAGCUAUGAUAAGAACCAAGCAUACUCAACGGAGUGGUCUGAUGAUGAGCAGCCUGCUGCAUACUCUGGCAAUGAAAAUGGUGGAAACGGAAACUCAUUCGAAGAGGAUUCCACCACUGGGAAAGGCGUUCGUGUGCGAGCUCUCUAUGACUAUGACGGCCAAGAGCAAGAUGAACUCUCUUUCAAAGCAGGCGAUGAGCUGACCAAGACUGAGGAUGAAGACGAACAAGGCUGGUGUCGAGGUCGCUUGGACACCGGGCGAGAGGGACUGUACCCAGCCAAUUACGUUGAGCCAAUCUAGGCCAAUGGGUGGACAAAGAAAAGACGUGCUCCUGGAGGCAGCUUGAACAGCACCGUCAAAUUGCACCGCACAUAGCCAGAGACCUAAGAGCAACACUUACAAGUGACACCAACAGAUGCGUGAAGCAGUCAUCAAAACUUAGUAACCUAACAGACAAUAUAUCAGUAUAAUAUAUUUUAUCCAGAUUUUGGGGUGGGUGGACUUACACAAUUCAAAACAAGAAUGGCAGUUAUGCCAGUAUAUACACACUAAACUAUAUACUUCCUUGACAGGCGCAAAUGGCUUCUCUGUGUAGCUGUAUAUAACAAACAAUGCAGCUUAUUUAAACUCUCUUGCAGUCUGUGGUGCAAAUGGAAGCUGAAUAUAAUCAGUUAUACCCAUCUGACAAAAGCAAGCUUCUCUAACCUGCAUUGUGUAUAUACAGUAUGAUGCCAUUUUUGUGAAGCUAUUUUUUUAUUAUUAUUAUUUUUUUGUGUGUGUGUGUGUGUGGUCAGUCAUUAUUCUUACUUCAGGAAUGCUGUGUCAUGUUAAAAGUACCACAAAGAAUAUCCUUUUUUUUUCGUGCUCCGGUCCAACCUCUUUAUCCUUCUGUGUCAUGUUCCUGUAUGUGUUUAACUGUUUCUGGGUGUGCAUAGCAGCAUGCGCUAUGCAACAACUCACAUUCCCUGGAUCCUACAGCCUUGUUAGGGCCACAACCUGAUGCAAUGCUAAAACUACAAAUGCAGAAGUCACUUUUAAAGCAUCGCAUGCAUCUGUUCUCAUGUGAGGAAGCUUGCUGACAAUAUGCUUGAUGUUUGUUUUGGUGUCAUGCAAUCCAUUGAAAAGAGACAUGUUUCUGCAGCAGCUUUCAUUCCAACCAAUGUCUACUAAAAUCUACUUUCAAUGAUGAAGCAAAGCCGGAUGAGCGCAUCCUUUUGCAAUGAGUACUGCAGUAUAAGCGCGGUUUUGAACAAUGCCUAUGCCAGCAUGUUUCUACCAGAAAGGGGUCGAUGGAAGCAUGUUGAGCUCCAGACUGCUGUGUGAAGACCAAGCCCCUUGAAUGUACUAGUGUUCAGACAUGAAGGCGCCAUGCUGUCCAACGGAAAACACAGUACUUGACUGUCAGAAAAGCCCCCACUAGUUAUGUGGCCCGUUUCUAUGCUGCGCCAAAGAACGACCCACUACCAUCAACUGUGUUUUCCCUCCAUGCAAUAACCUCACAUAUCAUGUGACUAGACAAGAUCAACUUGUAGCUGCCUCACACUCCACCAGAGCUUCAUUUUUCUUCACAGCACUGGCAACGACACAGGGAAUACUCUUGUCACCAUUAAUGCACUGCAUGUACGAUGCUAGCAGUGUAUUAUGGGCUGAUUUUCAUCUUACUUUUUAGAAGUGUAAAUCAUACAAAUGUUUGCAGUCAUAAAAUUGAUUUGUGUGUUAUCAUGUGAUGGGUUACUCCAAAAUUUGUCAGGAUGGUUAUUAUAUGCAAGAUACCCUUUUAGAAGUGCUGGCGUUUUGGACCAACUGUCAGAUGUGUUGAGCUCUGCAUGGAGCAGGAUUUGAUAGUUUCAGGUGUCACAAGUGAGGAGAAACACAUCACCAGCUCACAAGUUGUGUCUUACGAGUAAAGUUGUCCAGCAAAGCCAAAAGGACUUCUUGUAUCAUCCAUGUCCCAUGCACAUGCACAUGCACACAACACACACAUACACGACAGAUCCAACAACAACAGGAAUAAGACACAAAAAGUAUCUGGUUACAUUGCCAUUUUGAGGAAGACACCAUCCAGUAUUUAUGCAUUGUGUAAAAAAAAAAAAAAAAAGUUUAAAAAAUGCCAAGUGAUUCACUACGAAGACAAAAUGUAGUGUUAUAUAUGUAAAUGUGUUUCAUUCAAAUAACAGCAAUGGAAAACAUUAGGUAGUAGACUCCAUAUCGUAUGAAUUUCAUGGCGAUGGUAAGUGUAUCAUAAAAGCGUUAAACCCCAAACUGUCAAAUUUGUAUAUGAAGAUGUAAUUUAAAGAUUAUAUUGUAACUGUGCGACUGUGUUGAAUUGAAAACGAAACCUAACCUUGUUGAGGCUGUAAAAAUGUGUAAGUGUAAAUGCUUUUUUUUUUUUUUAAAUGUUGAUCUCUUCCUUAUGCACACAGGGGACUGCAGCACAUGUUGUGGAAACCCUAUAAUAGCAGUCUAGGUGAUGUAGGUUCAUAGUUAGUGAUGUACUUUUAUCUCCUAACUGGUGUAGUGCCUGUUCAUCUUGAAGUAACAAGACGUUCAUUUAAAUAUGCAUAAAGAUGAUUAUGAUCACAGACAAAAAUGACGAUAGUGAUGAAAAGCCCCAAUCAAAUUUGUUGUGAUGAUGUCAAUAUUGCGAUAUUGGUUUGAAAGGGAAACAAGUUUGUUUGAAAAUGUGUCGUCUGUGUUGUUUUUAUUUUAUUUAUUUCUUAGGCUGCCUGUGUGUCUAUGCUGUAUAUGUGUGUGUAAUGGACUAAUUUCCAGAAAAGAGAAAUGAGAUCAAGAACAGAUCAAAUGCAUGGUUGUAUGAUGUAUUUUUAUAUUAUAUAUUUAACAUAUAGAAAUAGGGAAAUAAAAAAUAUUGAACUGGAA